AAGGCCCAUGAAAUGAAAUUUGUUGGAACACACAGAAGAUACACAAAGAAUGGAAGAAGAAUCUUCAUCACAAAGAAAACCCAAGCGCUCAAUUUCUGUGUUUGCUUCAGUUUCAAGCGGCAUUCUACCUGCAGUUGGAAGCUCCCCUGAUAUACCUUCUACUCAUUUUCGCAAAUGGAUCAUCCCACCUUAUCAUCGCCAUUAUGGGUGGUGGCAGAAUUGGCUGAUUGUAUUGGUGGUGUAUACAGCGUGGGUUUCACCAUUUGAGUUUGCAUUUAGGAAGGUUAACAAGGGUCCACUGUUUUAUGUCGACAAUAUUGUUAAUGCCUUCUUUGCCAUCGACAUCGUCGUCACCUUCUUUGUGGCUUACCUCGACAUGACAACAUACUUGCUUGUCAAAGAUUUCAAGAAAAUUGCACUUCAAAAUGUUUGCAGAGGGUUUAUAUUGGAUUUGGCCUCAACAAUUCCAUUUCAGAUAAUUUAUCUUGCUUUCACAGAAAAUGGAAAUGCAAACAAUGAGAUAUUUAUUUUUCUUAAUAUGUUGCGCCUGUGGCGAUUAAGAAGAGUUAGCGAGCUCUUCACCAAGCUUGAAAAGGAUAUCCGGUUCAACUAUUUUUGGACGAGGAUUGUAAAGCUCAUUUCUGUUACAUUAUUUGUUGUACACAGUGCUGCUUGUUUUUAUUAUUGGCUUGCAGCACAUUACUCAAAUAGGGGAAACACCUGGCUUGAGAGCACUAUCCCUAAUUUUAAGGAAAAAAGUAUAUGGAGGGGAUAUGUGGCUUCCAUAUAUUGGGCAAUUACCACUGUAACAACUGUUGGGUAUGGAGAUCUACACGCAGUGAACACUAGAGAAAAACUGUUUACUAUAUUUUACUUGUUCUUCAAUUUGGGUUUCACAGCCUACUUGAUAGGAAAUAUGACUACCCUUCUUGUACACAGCGCAACGAAGACGUUUAUGUUUAGGGAUACAAUUGAUGAGGCUUCAAAAUAUGCUGCGAAAACCCGUUUACCAGAAUGGAUAAAGCUGCAAAUGAUGGCACAGCUGCGGCUCAACUUCAAGACAAGAGAACUUCAGCAGGACACUUUGGCAGGCCUACCUAAAGCCCUCCGUUCUAACAUCUAUCACCAUCUCUUUCUACCAACCGUUGAAAACACUUACAUAUUCAAAGGAGUUUCAAGAAAUAUGCUUUUGCAAUUUGUUGCAGAGAUGAAAGGAGAAUACUUUCCACCAAAUGUAGAUAUCAUUUUAAAGAAUCAGAUUCCUGGAGAUUUUUACAUAAUUGUUUCUGGAACAGUGAAUAUAUUCACACAUGCAAAUGGAAGCGAAGAGUUUCUAGAAAAAGAAGGAACUCCAAAUUUGAUUGGGGAGAUUGCUGUACUUUUGGAUAUCCCACAACCUUUUACAGUAAGAACUACCAAACUUAGCCAGCUUCUUCGAUUGGGUCGCCAUGAUUUCACUCGAAUCGUGCAAACAGAUAUUAAAGAUGGUAAAGUCAUUGAAGAAAACUUUCUCCAGCAUUUAAAGGGACUAAAACAAUCAAUGUUGGAUGAAAUAUCUUCUAUUGUAAACUUGCCAUUUGCAGAAGAAAAUACAGAUGUGCAAGAAACUGAUAAUUUAAGGCCUACCAAUUCUCUCCAAUGCACUGAUGAAAUCAGUUGCGAAUUUGAAUCUCCAAAUAUUGGCAUGCACACAGGGCCCUUAUCAGUAGAGAAAUAUAGAAUUCCAACGCAAGAAAUUGAAACAAUUAAUUAUGCGAAAUACCCAAAACGAGUAAUAAUAUAUAAUUACCAUCCUAAGGAACACCAACAAGAACAUGCACAGGAGAGACUUGGAAAGAUGCUUCUGUUGCCCAACACACUGGAUGAGCUCCUCAUCAUAGCUAGUAAUAAGUUUGAAAAGCAGUGUAGUGUAGUUAUGGACAUGGAAGGUUCCUACAUUGAAGACGUGGAUGUUAUCAGAGACAAUGAUAGUCUCUUUUUGUGUUAAAAGAUGGAAAGAGAUCGCCAAUUCCUUCAUAUUUCUAAAUGUAAGAGAGAAGUUUGGUUGGUAUGUAUGGCAAUUGUUAUAUAUACAAACCUUUAGAUUUUGGGAACCGAAAGAUUCAAUUGUCAAGUUGUAACUUUGUUGUUACUUUGG